AUGCCAGAUGACGGACGAACAUUAACGGUGAGUGAUUUAAAUGAUUUACCAUCAAGGGAAAAGUACUCUACAUUCGAUAAAUUCCAGGGUACAUAUAAGAGUUCUUAUAAUUUCAAGAAUGGAACAGAAGAAAAAUUAAUCGGAAAUGGCUAUACGGAAAAUGAGGCUAAUAAGAUUAUGGACGCCUGGAGCUAUACAUAUCUGUACGCAAUUGGGGAUUCAUACAAUAAUGAAUGGUGUUAUUGGUUUUAUUAUUGGUUAGGGGAUAUAUUAUGGGGGAAGACAGAAGACCCUGAAUUAUUUUCUCAUCGUAUGAAUAAGACAUAUAAUGCACUGAAGAAUCCAAGUUCUCUUAUUAAUUGUGAACUUAUUCACAACACUAUUAUUGCAAAGGAAUUUUUUUAUCAAAUGAAAAAAACAUAUGAGUUUUUUAAGGACCGUGAUAAGAUACGAGACCAGUUAAGUUCCCAUAAAUACAGGUGUACUCCAGAAUAUGCACGUUACCUGCAAAAUACUGUUGCAGAAUAUGCGGCUGUGCGUAAUCAUUGUAGGCAAAAGGAGGAGGAUGCAUUCUGCAAGAAGUUCCAGGGAGAAUUCGGAGUAGGGAAAUAUGAAGAAGUGGCAAAGUUCAAAUGCGCAAGCGUGCACAGAAGUGGUGGCACCACACCCUACGCGGACGCAUUACAGUAUAAAGGGAAAGUGACUUCCCCUGGAAGUAAUAGCACUAUUACCGCUACUGCUGUCUCAUCUGCCGCAGUUGGACUACUAGGUGUCCCAUUGGUCAGUGCCCUUCUAUAUAAGGUAAUUAUAGUUAUAAUUUAUAAUUAUAAUUACAACCAUUAUUCCCCCUACGAUUAG